AUGGGCUGGUCUCUCGACUUCUGCCUGUCCUGCGAUCGUCAGAUUGCGGAGGGUGGUACCUACUGCUCACAAUCGUGCCGCUUGGCGGAUCUGGAAAAGGCUGGCAACACAGAGUCACGAGCAUCGUCACAGCUGUCAUCGUCUGCUUCCUCAACGUCUUCGUCAAACAACGGGUUCUACCUUCCGCCAGCCGUCAACUUCUCAGCAUACAAAGCGCCUUCCAGUCCAUACCACUACUACCCAACAACGAACGGCUCAUACUUCGCACCAUCGACGACAACCAGGCAAUCGCAGCGCAGUCUGACCCCAUCAUCCUCACGGUCGUCACUCGCAUCAAAUGGUUCUCAAACUUCGUCAGGCAUCACAGCACAAGCUGCCACUCAACUCAACAGCUACUCACGUGCAUUCGACCAAACACGAGACAUGAAGAGGCGACAAACACAGUACUAA